UCUCCACCGCGCUGGGCUCUUGUUUGCUGAGGCUCCGGCGGUGCUCUGCGCUGGCCUGCUGCGCCGCGGACGGAGGCGGGCGUCACCGAGGGAGCCCGCCACGCAGGGGAGGCCCUGGACGACCCGGACACCUGCAGGUGGGCCGUGCCGGCUGGCGAGCCGUGAGCGGGGCCGUGAGGAACCUGGACCCCGCAGGCCCAGAGAUGGCUGGAAACUGCUCCUGGGAGGGCCACCCCGGCGACAGGAACAAGGUGUGCCCGGGCGCGAGCGAGGCAGCGGAGCUGUACAGCCGCGGCUUCCUGACCAUGGAGCAGAUUGCCGCGCCGCCGCCGCCGGCCGUCAUGAACUACGUCUUCCUGCUCCUCUGUCUGUGCGGGCUGGUGGGCAACGGGCUGGUGCUCUGGUUCUUCGGCUUCUCCAUCAAGCGGAGCCCCUUCUCCAUCUACUUCCUGCACCUGGCCGGCGCCGACGUGGGCUACCUCUUUAGCAAGGCCGUGCUCUCCGCCCUCAACACAGGGGGCUUCCUGGGCACCUUUGCAGAGUACGUGCGGGCCGUGUUCCGGAUCCUGGGGCUCUGCACAUUCAUCACCGGCGUGAGCCUCCUGCCCGCCAUCAGCGCAGAGCGCUGCCUGUCGGUCGUCUUCCCCGCCUGGUACUGGCGCCAGCGGCCCAAGCGCCUGCCGGCCGUCGUCUGCGCCCUGCUCUGGACCCUGUCGCUCCUGGUCACCGGCGUCCACAACUACUUCUGCGUGUUCCUGAGCCGCCAGGCCUCGGGGGCGGCCUGCAGGCACAUGGACAUCUUCCUGGGCAUCCUGCUCUUCCUGGUCUUCUGCCCGCUGAUGGUGCUGCCCUGCCUGGCGCUCAUCGUGCACGUGGAGUGCCGUGCCCGGCGGCGCCAGCGCUCGGCCAAGCUCAACCAUGUCGUCCUGGCCCUGGUCUCUGUGUUCCUCGUGUCCUCCAUCUACCUAGGCAUCGACUGGUUCCUCUUCUGGGUCUUCCAGAUCCCAGCCCCGUUCCCCGAGUACGUCACCGACCUGUGCAUCUGCAUCCACUGCAGCGCCAAGCCCAUCGUCUACUUCCUGGCCGGCAGGGACAAGUCGCAGCGGCUGUGGGAGCCCCUCAGGGUGGUCUUCCAGCGGGCCCUGCGGGACGGCGCGGAGCUGGCAGAGGUCGGGGGUGGCACGCCCAACACAGUCACCAUGGAGAUGCAGGGCCCCCCUGGGAACGCGUCCUGAGGGGCCGGGACCUCCAGGGACCCCCCGCUGGGGACAGGAGCUGGGCAGCUGCCCCUGCGCCCAGUACAAGGAGAAAUGCCUGCUUCCUGCCGCUCAGGCCUCCUUCUCCCCCCCGGGCGGGAGGCUCUGUGGGUGACCAGGACGCCGGGCAGCCGCCUGCCGACAGACCCCGCGGCCCCGCCAGGCGCCCGGCAGCCGUUCUCCUCCGUCAGUGACCCACGCACAGCACAGACAGUGUCCUCAGGCGGUGGACGCCCCUUCCCCCUGGCGGGUCAGGAGAGGGGAGGGGAGGGGCUGCCAAGCCCCGCCCACUCCUGCCCCUUGAAGGGAGCCCUCCUUGAAAACGGCACAGCCCCCACUGUCACCACCGGGCCACCGGCCUUUCUCCGCGGUCGCAGCACCUGUUCCCGCCACUGCACCCUCUGGAGGGGACGCUGGCGGCCAACCCGCGUGGGACGGUGCUGUCUGGGGGAGCGCGCGGGGUCACCUGCCCCCUGGAUGAAUCCAGUGGUCACCACGGGCAGGUAGAGGCGGGAAGGGCCUUCGGCCACCGUGGGCAGGUCGCUUUCUUUUCUGGCUCCGCGCCAGCCAGCCCGGCAGCCUCCCGGGGCAGGCGCCGCGUCCUGGCUACUCUCUGACUGGUCCUCGGCGCCUGCAGGCCACCCACGCAGUCUCUGGGCCCCGAGCCCACCCAAACGUGGGCGCUGGCUCUACCGGGCCAUGCCCGCCCACCUCCAAGCACAGCGGC